UAAUAUCUCAGGGAGAACAUAGUUCAAGAUUAUCAGUUAGUCUUUUCAGUUCUAUCAGGAAUCACUAUUGCUAACCUUUCUCUUUGAUGCUUUUUACUUUUCAUUAGUUUUAAAACGUUCUUCAAAUCAAAGGAAAGUGAAAGUUGAUUUAGUUUUAAUUUUGAUUUUAAUUAAAAGAUUAUUACCAUGAAAUUUUUUGAAAAGAUUACUAUAAAAUCACUCAAAUUAUUUAAAUAUUCAAAAAGUCAUAAUAUUCAAUCACCAAUUAUCAUUCGAAAACUUAGUUCACAAGAUGUUUUUGAUCGAGAGAAUAAAUAUGGAGCGCACAAUUAUGCUCCGCUACCUGUUGCUCUUUGCAAAGGUAAAGGAGUUUUUAUGUGGGAUGUGGAAGGAAAGCGUUAUUAUGAUUUUUUAAGUGCAUAUUCAGCCGUUAAUCAAGGUCACUGUCAUCCAAGAAUUUAUCAAGCUUUAGUGGAACAAGCAAAAAAAUUAACUUUAACUUCUAGGGCUUUUUAUUCUGAUGCUCUUGGAGAAUUUGAAGAAUUUAUUACAAAAUUAUUCAAAUAUGGAAAAUGGUUACCAAUGAACACUGGUGUAGAAGGCGGAGAAACAGCAUGUAAAGUUGCUAGAAAAUGGGGUUACAAAGUCAAAAAAAUUCCUAACAACUGUGCCAAAAUAGUGUUUGCUGAAAAUAAUUUCUGGGGAAGAACACUCAGUGCAAUUUCUUCAAGUACAGAUCCUACUAAUUAUGAACAGUUUGGUCCAUUUAUGCCAGGAUUUGAAAUAGUUCCUUAUGAUGAUUUGAAAGCAUUAGAGAAGAAAUUACAAGACCCUCAUGUAUGUGCUUUUAUGGUAGAACCUAUUCAAGGGGAAGCCGGAGUUAUCGUACCAAAAGACGGUUAUCUCAAAGGUGUCAGGGAGUUGUGCACAAAGUACAAUGUUCUGUUUAUCGCGGAUGAAAUACAAACAGGCUUGGGAAGAACAGGAAAGCGAGUUGCCGUAGAUCAUGAAAAUGUCAAACCUGAUAUCAUAAUUCUAGGAAAAGCUUUGUCUGGUGGAUUUUUCCCUGUUUCAGGUAUUUUAGCAAAUGAUGAUGUAAUGCUCUGUAUUCAACCUGGGGAGCAUGGAUCUACAUUUGGAGGUAAUCCUUUAGGAUGUAAAAUAGCUUUAGAAGCUGUCAAAGUUUUAGAAGAAGAACAAUUAGCUUACAAUGCUAUGAAGCUUGGAACAAUUCUUAGAAAUGAACUAAACAAAUUACCUAAAAAUAUAGUGUCUAUAGCAAUGAAAAAUAAAAUAGUUUCUGCAUCUCAAACUAUUAAAUCAGUUAGAUUUAUUAGUACUAUGCAACAAGAAAUAAUUCAACGUGAUGAACAAUAUGGUGGUCAUCAUUUCAAACCAUUACCAGUGGUACUAACAAAAGGUGAAGGAGUUUACUUGUGGGAUCAUGAUGGAAAAAAAUAUUUAGACUUUUUAUCCGGUUUUGCGACUUGUAACCAAGGUCAUUGUCAUCCCCGAUUAGUAAAAGUGAUGAAAGAUCAAUGUGGAAAACUUCACCAUACAUCUAGAGCUUUUUUUACUGAAAUGCAUGGAGAGCUUGGUGAAUACUUAACAAGAUUAUUUGGAUAUGACAGAUUCAUUCCAAUGAACACAGGAGUUGAAGGAUCUGAUCUUGCAGUAAAAUUAGCUAGACGUUGGGGAUAUCGAAUUAAAAAAAUACCCAACAAUGAAGCGACAGUUGUUUUUGCUAAUAAUAAUUUUUGGGGUAGAUCAUUAGCAGCAACAUCAGCUUCAACUGAUCCUGUAUGUUAUACAGAUCUUGGACCAUUUAUGCCAAAAUUUGAAAAAAUUCCUUUCGAUGAUCUAAAUGCUUUGGAAAAAAAGUUAAAGGAAAAUCCAAAUAUUUGUGCUUUUAUGAUUGAACCAAUACAAGGAGAAGCUGGAGUCAAAAUACCCAAGGAUGGCUAUUUGAAAGGUGUUAGAGAAUUAUGUACUAAAUACAAUGUUUUAUGGAUUGCCGAUGAAGUUCAAACUGGUCUCGGAAGAACAGGAUUCAGAUUGGCUGUUGAUUAUGAUGGUGAAAAACCUGAUAUUAUAGUUUUGGGUAAAGCUUUAUCAGGAGGAAUGUAUCCUGUAUCUGGAGUUCUUUCUAGUCAUGAAAUAAUUCUUACUCUUACUACUGGGUCUCAUGGAAGCACAUUUGGAGGUUCUCCAUUAGCUUGUGCGAUUGCUCUCGAAGCUAUUAAAGUACUUGAAGAGGAGAAAUUAGCAGAAAAUGCUUCUAGGCUGGGAAAAAUCGUUAAAGAAGAACUGGAAAAAUUGCCCAAAGAUAUUGCUAGUGAAUUCAGAGGACGAGGAUUACUUUGUGGACUUUUGAUAAAUAAAGAAUUUGCUAAUGGAUGGGAUAUAUGUUUGAAAUUAAGAGACAACGGUUUGUUAUCGAGACCUGCUCAUGGACAAAUAAUUCGAAUUUCUCCACCACUAGUUAUCAAUGAAGAUCAGUUAAGAGAAGGACUUGAAAUUAUCAAGACGACUCUUCUUAAUUUCAAGUAGAAUAAAAAUACUCCAUUAACAAU